AUGGCUAUCGGGUUCAUCAGUGCAGUGCCGCAAAUCUUAACCACGGUGAUGACAACCUGGCGGGAAGCAGAACCCAUCGAAUACAAGUACAUGUUUAGAGGGAGUGAGCAUUCUCUCUAUGUGGACUACACCUACUACGGGUUGUAUAAAGUGAUUUAUGAUGAUAAGCAUGUAGAAACUUGGACUCAGAGAGUGCAAAAUAUGCGAAGCAAAGGAAGUGAAGGAAUUCAAGUUGGCCGAAGCAGUGAAUCUGCUGGAAGCUUAUCCCUGUGGACAUCAGCAUGUCAGGAGGCUUGUCGAGACGCCAUUAUUAGACGUAUAGAAGCUUACGAAAGAGUUUCCUUCAUUUCGUUAAUUCUUCUCUGUGGUAUCGUUUUGUCGUGUACUCUUAUCAUUUUAUGCAUUGGAUGGAAUAUACUUUUCUCGAAGAGUAUUCUCAUUUCUAUGGCUUGCUUUAUGUUGUCUUUUAUAAUCAACGGAGGGAUUGGGACUUACUGGUAUUACGAGACUGACCUUUCCUGGAAUUUAGUCACUAAGGCUCAACAGUAUCCUUUCCCCAAAUGUUCGUACUGCUUUUAUAUCUUUAUGAUUACCACGGGGGUGUAUGCCUUAUGUUUUUUUUUCCUCCUUAUGUUGGACCUGUAUAAUAAAAACUCACAGAAGAAGUCCCACUUGGAUCAGAUGACCCUACAAAACAGGAACGCCAUGAACGCCAAGAAUUUGUACCAACCGCUAUUCGACGGCCAAGCUAAUAUGAUGAUGUCUAGAAGUGCCAGCUAUGCCAAUAUUAUGCCUUUCGGGAAAGGAUCCGAAAUGGGUGGUGCCCCGAUGGGUACUGGCGUUAUGGGAGGAGGACCCCCCGUACCGAACUUUUUACAAUUUAAUAAAACGAAUUUAAAUCAAUACGGAGGGAUAAAUCAUAAUGGGUUCCCUGGGUUCAGAAACAUGCCUCCUGGUAUGGGUAUGCCCAUGCCCCCUGGAAUGUCCCCUGCUGGAAUUCCCCCUGGGAUGUCUCCAGGGAUGUCUCCAGGGAUGGUCCCUGGGAUGAGUUCACCCAUGCAGAAUAAUUUAAAUCCAAACUUUUUCCCGCAAAUGCCAAAGCAGCACUCCUACUCUGGCUCCCCAUCCUUCCAACAGAACAUGCCUAACUACAAUAUGUUCCAAGGCCAGAACAUGCCAAACAUGCAAAACAUGCCUGCAGGGAUGUUUUCCCCGCGUCAGUAUUCCGGCGUAGAUUACGAUAAUAUAAACAACCCCUUCAGUGUGAACAAGCCGUUUAAGUUCUGA